AUGGAGAAUGGCACAGGCGACGAGCAGAACCACACUGGGCUGCUGCUGUCAAGCCAGGAAAUCAUUACAGCUGAAUACCAAGUGGUUACCAUCCUCUUGGUCCUCCUCAUCUGUGGACUGGGCAUCGUGGGCAACAUCAUGGUGGUCUUGGUAGUCCUCAGAACCAAACACAUGAGAACUCCCACUAACUGCUAUCUGGUGAGUCUGGCUGUGGCAGAUCUCAUGGUGCUUGUGGCUGCAGGACUACCCAAUAUCACUGAAAGUCUGUACAAAUCCUGGGUGUAUGGCUACGUGGGGUGCCUCUGCAUCACUUAUCUCCAAUACUUAGGGAUCAAUGCUUCUUCUUUUUCCAUCACUGCUUUCACCAUCGAGAGAUAUAUAGCUAUCUGCCACCCAAUCAAAGCUCAAUUCCUAUGCACAUUUUCAAGAGCUAAAAAGAUCAUUAUUUUUGUCUGGUCUUUCACCUCCAUAUACUGUAUGCUCUGGUUUUUCCUACUAGAUCUCAAUACAGCAGUCUACAAAGACACUACUGUUGUGUCUUGUGGCUACAAGGUGUCCAGGAGCUAUUACUCUCCUAUCUACAUGAUGGACUUUGGAAUAUUUUAUGUUUUACCAAUGGUAUUGGCAACUGUCCUCUAUGGACUGAUUGCUAGAAUACUGUUCCUGAAUCCCAUCCCUUCGGACCCUAAGGAAAACUCUAAGACAUGGAAGAAUGAUGUGGCUCACCAAAACAAGACUGUGAAUUCCAAGAUGACUAACAAGAGUUUCAAUAGCACUAUUGCUUCUAGAAGACAGGUUACCAAGAUGUUGGCUGUGGUGGUAGUCCUCUUUGCAUUUCUGUGGAUGCCUUAUCGAACACUGGUGGUUGUCAAUUCCUUUCUCUCCAGUCCCUUCCAAGAAAACUGGUUCCUGCUGUUUUGCAGAAUCUGUAUUUAUUUAAAUAGUGCCAUCAAUCCUGUAAUUUAUAAUCUCAUGUCUCAGAAAUUCAGAGCAGCUUUCAGGAAACUCUGCAACUGCCAUCUGAAACGGGACAAGAAACCUGCCAAUUACAGUGUGGUUCUAAAUUACAACGUCAUCAAAGAGUCUGAUCACUUCAGCAGUGAACUAGAAGAUAUUACUGUCACCAAUACCUAUCUGUCCUCUGCAAAAACAUCCAUUGGUGACACAUGUUUGUCAUCUGAGGUAACAGUUAAUGCCUUUUAG